AUGAAUUCGAGGUACAGAGUUGUUGACUACUUGAGGCGCAUAACCUCGAAUAUUUUUUCCCUUUACUUUGUGAAAACUCCCAGUAAUUGUAUUUAAUUAAGUGAGUGAUGGAAAGCAACGGGAGUAUAGUUAGGAUUAAGGUAGAACCUAAUGAUGAUUGGUCAGAAGCAGGUGGAGGCUAUAAUUCCAAUUCCGCAAAGUCUUGCGAUGCCAAAAACUUUAAAACAUUUUCGUUACGUAGACCUUCAGCAAAUGACAUGAAUGAGGCUUUUGUAUCAUCAGAAGAAUUAGAAGAAAAAAUUUACAUCGAUUUGGAAUGCAAAAAUGUUAAACCUGAAGUGCUAUCUACAAGUGUCUGCAAGUCUGAGUAUCAAAAUUGCAACUCUUUUGUGAAAAAAGAAGACGGAUAUCAGGCAAAUCACAAUAAUGAUCAAAAGCUAAUAAUUUUAAUAAAAAAAAAUUUGAUUACGACUAUAACUGUCGAUUUCAAGAAAAAUCUCAAUGCAAGACCAACGUAUCCGAGAAGGUGAAAAUAUUGGAAAAAAUGGUUCAUAAGUACAGUCUGUAUCGACAAACACAUAAAAAAAAAGUAAUAGAGAGUACCCUCACGAAGCACAUAAAUUCAGAACAUAAUCGUAGCAAACCUUUUGAAUGUGAUAUUUGCCAAAAAUCAUUUGGACGAACAAAUAAUCUUAAAAGGCACAUAAUUACAGUAUAUGAUCAUAUCAAACCCUUUGAAUGUGAAAUUUGCCACAAAUCAUUUGGAUUCAAUGGUGAUCUCAAAAAACACAUAAUAGAAGUACAUGAUGAUACAAAGCCUUUUGAGUGCGAAAUUUGCCACAAAUCAUUUGGACAAAAAAGUCACCUUGAAAGUCACGUUAAUACAGUACA